AUGGCGCCCAUUGCCACUUCACCUGAACCUGCAGUCGAACCCUCAGCAACCCAAUCUCUCUCGUCGGUCACGACCACAUAUGAUGAUACCCUCCGAUUCUAUCUCAACGGUACACGGGUUACCAUCGAUGACAUUGAUCCGGAAGUCACUUUGCUUGAAUAUCUGCGUGGCAUAGGCUUGACUGGGACAAAGCUAGGUUGCGCCGAAGGAGGAUGCGGAGCCUGCACUGUUGUCGUUUCGCAGUACAAUCCUACAACAAAAAAGAUAUACCAUGCCAGCGUUAAUGCGUGUUUAGCACCGCUGGUCAGCGUCGAUGGAAAGCAUGUCAUUACCGUUGAAGGUAUCGGAAACGUCAACAAGCCACACCCUACGCAAGAGCGAAUUGCAAAAGGCAAUGGAAGCCAAUGUGGUUUCUGUACACCUGGGAUUGUUAUGAGUCUUUAUGCCUUGUUGAGGAAUGACUCGAGUCCAUCGGAGCACGAUAUUGAGGAGGCUUUUGAUGGCAAUCUCUGUAGGUGUACGGGUUAUCGCCCCAUUCUCGAUGCCGCGCAGACCUUCAGCGUUGGAAAGUCCUGUGGGAAAGCUAAAGCCAACGGCGGCGGCGGCUGCUGCAUGGAAAGAGGAGAUGGGAAAUCGGGAGGCUGUGGUAAGGACGGGUUCAAGGACGACCAACCUAUAAAGCGGUUUACUCCACCUGGGUUUAUCGAGUACAACCCUGAUACCGAACUUAUAUUUCCUCCUGCACUUUCCAAACACGAGUUCCGGCCUCUGGCUCUAGGGAAUAAGAGGAAGCGAUGGUACCGACCCGUUACAUUGAACCAAUUGCUGGAGAUCAAAAGUGUAUAUCCAUCUGCAAAAAUCAUUGGUGGCAGCACGGAAACGCAGAUCGAGAUUAAGUUCAAGGCCAUGCAAUACACGGUCUCCGUGUUCGUUGGUGAUAUUGCUGAGUUGCGACAAUUCUCCUUCAAAGAUGACCACUUAGAAAUCGGUGGAAACGUCACGUUGACCGACCUAGAAGAUAUCGCCUUGAAGGCGGUGGAACACUACGGCCCAGUUAAAGGGCAGGUGUUUGCAGCAAUUCACAAACAACUCAAGUAUUUCGCUGGGCGCCAGAUCAGGAAUGUCGGAACCCCCGCAGGUAAUCUAGCUACUGCGUCGCCCAUAUCAGACCUGAAUCCAGUCUUUGUUGCGGCCAAUGCAACCUUGGUCGCUAAAUCGUUGGAAGAAGAAAUCGAAAUACCCAUGUCCCAAUUUUUCAAGGGAUAUCGUAGAACGGCACUACCCCCGAAUGGGAUCAUCGCGAGUAUUCGCAUUCCAAUUGCAAAGGAGAAGGGAGAGUUUUUCCAAGCAUACAAGCAGUCCAAGCGCAAAGACGAUGAUAUUGCAAUCGUCAACGCAGCCAUUCGCCUCUCUCUGGAUGAUUCAAAUGUGGUAGAAAGCGCAGAUCUUGUAUAUGGUGGAAUGGCGCCGACCACCAUUGCAGCAAAGUCUGCUGGCGAGUUCCUAAUUGGCAAGAAAAUCACGAAUCCUGCUACCCUCGAAGGUACUAUGAAUGCCCUGGAGCAAGACUUUGACCUCAGAUUUGGUGUCCCUGGUGGGAUGGCCACCUAUAGAAAAUCUUUAGCACUCGGCUUCUUUUAUCGAUUCUACCAUGACACACUUUCCAAGCUCGAGGUAAAGGAAGAAGAAGUCGACGAGGAAGUCAUUGAAGAAAUCGAGAGGAUGAUUUCUCACGGCAAACAAGACACCGAUGCUACCAUUGCUUAUCAACAGGACGUUCUCGGCAAAGCUAAACCACAUGUCGCAGCAAUGAAGCAGGUUACGGGCGAAGCUCAAUACACAGAUGAUAUUCCAGUUCAGAAGAACGAGCUCUACGGCUCUCUUGUACUGUCAACCAAGGCGCGCGCUAAGAUCACAUCCGUCGACUACUCACCGGCCAUGGAUCUUCCAGGCGUGGUUGAAUGGCUUGAUCAUACCGACAUGCCUUCACCAGAAGCGAAUAGAUGGGGCGCUCCAGUAUGCGACGAAGUGUUCUUUGCUGUCGAUGAGGUUUUCACCACUGGCCAACCUAUUGGUAUCAUUCUUGCAGAUAGCGCUGCCCAUGCCGCGGCUGGCGCUAGAGCGGUCAAGGUGGAUUACGAGGAGUUGGAGCCCAUCUUCACCAUGGAGGAAGCAAUCGUAAAAGAAAGCUUCUUUGAUCAUUAUCGAUACAUCAACAAUGGGGAUGUGGACACUGCCUGUGAAAAUGCAGACUUCGUUUUUACCGGCGUGACACGGAUGGGCGGCCAAGAACAUUUUUACUUGGAAACCCAAGCGUGCUGUGUAAUACCAAAACCAGAAGACGGUGAGAUGGAAGUGUUUUCCAGUACACAGAACCCAACAGAGACUCAAACGUACGUUGCUCAAGUGUGCAAUGUUGCAGCAAACAAAGUAGUCACGCGCGUGAAACGAUUGGGGGGUGGAUUUGGUGGUAAAGAGACUCGCUCAGUUCAACUCACUGGAAUUGUUGCCCUCGGUGCGAAGAAAACGGGACGUCCCGUCCGUUGUAUGUUGAAUCGCGAUGAAGACAUGAUCACCUCCGGUCAAAGGCAUCCAUUCCUUGCCCAUUGGAAGGUCGCUGUUAACAAAGAUGGAAAAAUUCAAGCCCUCGAUGCUGAUGUAUUCUGUAAUGGUGGCUGGACUCAAGACCUUAGUGGUUCUGUCUGCGACAGAGCGCUCUCUCAUAUCGAUGGGUGUUAUAAAAUUCCGAAUGUCCACGUCCGAGGGAGGCUCUGCAAGACGAAUACUAUGUCCAAUACGGCUUUCCGUGGUUUCGGUGGCCCCCAGGGCAACUUCAUUGCGGAGUCCUACAUGGCCGAGGUGGCUGACCGUCUCGGUAUGCCAGUAGAGAGGCUGCGGGAGAUUAAUUUCUACAAACCCCUGGAGGAAACUCAUUUCAAGCAAAGCUUGAAGGACUGGCAUGUGCCUAUCAUGUACAAACAAGUUCUCGAAGAGACAGACUACGAAAAUCGGCGCGAAGCCGUGAGGAAGUUCAACGCAGAGCACAAGUGGAAAAAACGCGGCCUGGCCAUAAUACCAACGAAAUUCGGCAUCUCAUUUACCGCGCUUUUCCUCAAUCAAGCUGGUGCUUUGGUGCAUAUUUACCACGAUGGAACGGUGUUGGUUGCUCACGGUGGAACCGAAAUGGGUCAAGGUCUCCACACGAAGAUGAUAAUGAUUGCAGCUGAAGCACUCAAGGUUCCGAUGUCUGAUGUUCACAUAUCAGAGACUGCUACCAAUACCGUGGCAAACACAUCCUCCACAGCCGCCUCGGCAUCUUCUGAUCUGAAUGGAUACGCAAUCUUCAACGCGUGUAAGCAAAUUAACGAACGCCUACAGCCCUACCGAGAGAAGUUUGGCCAGGAUGCGCCAAUGAAGAAGCUGGCGAGUGCAGCUUACUUCGACCGAGUCAACCUUUCGGCCAACGGCUUCUACAAGACGCCUGAUAUUGGAUACACAUGGGGUCCCAACACCGGUCAAAUGUUCUUCUACUUCACCCAGGGAGUUUCUGCCGCUGAGGUCGAGGUCGACACACUGACUGGUGAUUGGACUUGUCUGCGCGCGGACGUCAAGAUGGAUAUUGGCCGCUCAAUCAAUCCUGCUAUUGACUAUGGCCAAAUCGAAGGUGCCUUUGUACAGGGAAUGGGUCUCUUCACUAUGGAGGAGUCUCUUUGGUUUCGUGGCGGGCCAAUGAGGGGGCAGCUUGCCACUCGCGGUCCUGGUGCAUACAAAAUCCCUGGAUUUCGAGAUGUGCCUCAGGAACUUAAUGUCUCGAUGCUUAAGGGCGUCACAUGGGAGAAUCUGCAAACGAUCCAACGCAGUAGAGGUGUCGGUGAACCCCCACUGUUUAUGGGAAGUGUGGUAUUCUUCGCAAUUCGUGACGCUCUAAAGGCUGCACGAAGUCAAUAUGGAGUGGAGGCUGAGAUAGGGUCCAAUUCGAAGGACGAUGGGCUGCUGAGACUGGAAAGUCCUGCUACCCCCGAGAGAAUUCGAACGUCCUGUGUUGACCCAAUUAUCAAGAGGGCCAUUGUGAAACCUUUGGAGGGAGAAAGAAGUUUCUUUAUUGCUAUCUAG